CAUUAUUUACAUGACUACCUGCAUUUCCGUUCAUUGCGUAACAUCCGACAUUCAGAGUGAAUACUUCCUGCCUGCCAGCUAAAAAUGGCGUCCUGUUUUGAGGUAUCUGCGUCGGUCAGUGAUGAACAGACCGAAAGUGCUGCAUCUCAGAAAAGAGAGGAGAGACUGCGAAAAUUCCGGGAACUGCAUUUCAAAAGGAAUGAAGCACGCAAUCUCAAUCACAAGGAGGUUGUGGAGGAGGACAAAAGACUGAAGCUACCAACUAACUGGGAGGCAAAGAAAGCCCGUCUGGAGUGGGAACUAAUGACUGAUGAAAAGAAAAAGGAGUGUGCGGCCAAAGGGGAGGACUAUGACCGGGUGAAACUGCUAGAGAUCAGUGCUGAGGAUGCUGAGCGGUGGGAGAGAAAGAAGAAGAGGAAGAACCCUGACCCAGGAUUCUCAGGUUACGCGGAGGCCCAGCUGCGACAGUACCAGCGCCUCACCAAACAGAUCAAACCAGACAUGGACAGCUAUGAGAGGCAGCGAGAGCAGUGUGGUGAGGACUUCCACCCCACAUCCAACAGCCUGAUCCAUGGGACCCACGUCCCAUCCAAGGAGGGCAUCGACCGCAUGGUGGAGGAUGUGGAGAAACAGAUUGAGAAGCGGGCCAAAUAUAGCCGGCGCAGGGCCUAUAACGAUGAUGCAGACAUCGACUACAUCAAUGAGAGGAACGCCAAGUUCAACAAGAAGGCAGAGCGGUUCUAUGGCAAAUACACAGCCGAGAUCAAGCAGAAUCUGGAGAGAGGCACAGCUGUCUAACUGGACUGGUCAAUCAAAUGGACGCUACCAUUUCCACUGCUUUGUUGUAACUGAAGGCCAUAAUUAGUCACUGUGGUUACAGGACCGGCCAUGUACAUAGAAACCCCAUUUCAGUUGGUCACAAUGCUUACGUAUCUGAGAUCUAAAUUUGUAUUUUGACGCUGACAUUUCUUUAGAGGCAUUUUCUAACAAAUUUUACUGUAUUGUUACUAUAACCCUGUGAAUCAGGUGGAAUGGCUAACUUGAGUACAUCCUGAAUAAUCUUGUAAUGUUAUUUCUGCCUUUCUGCCAAUGUUUAUCGUGUGUGUAUGAACACACAUUUUUUUUGUUGCGUUUUUUAAAUUAUUUUUUUGUAGGUCUUACCCUUAGAUUGCAGUAUGGGUUGGGUAGGUAGGUGGGUGGGGGGUGGCUUAACGUGAGAAUGAAAUGCUAUCAUUCACCUUAAGGCUACACUGUGUUUAUUAGUUAUGCCAGCAGAAGAAUGUGCUAGUGUAGGUGCACGAGGGGAUAAACAAAUUAAACAAUUUCAUCGUUAUCACUCAUCUCUGUUAAGCCGACUGCCCCCAAGCACAAUAUGAGCUAGGAGAGGCUUGUGACCUAAAUUGAGAUCAAAGACAGUCAACAGAUUCACAUGCUAUAUUCAGUUUCUCAUUCUGUAUCAAUGCACACUAUGGGUUAUUCAAAAAUACGAUGUGGGGGUCCUAUAAACACGAAUAGAAUUUGAUCCUCAUCCUUCGUAAUUUGAAUCAGACAUCUGUGUAAUGUUUCGUUGGACUUAAUGAAUCUGUUCUGAAUAAGCCUCAUGGGAUAUGGUAAUAAGAUGGGGAAGAGGGGUUUCAAAGGUUGGCGUGCAAGAAAAAAAAUCAUAUAGGAUUUUGUGCCACCUGUAUCAGAAUCCUAUCGGAAUUCUAUUUGACUAAUUAUUUCCUAUUGGGAAUCAAAAGUAAUUCGAUUGAAUCCAAUAGAUUUUUGAUUAGUCUCCUAGGAUUUUGUCACCCCAAUCAGAAUGCUAUUAUAGCUUUUUUUCUCAAAUAAACCCAUUAAAUUAUAAUUUGUCAUUGGUUCCAGUACAAUACAAAAGCAUUAAUUACUACAUUUCCA